AUGGCAGGCUUCCCCCCGCAGCAACCGCCGAUGCAAGACCCAGCAAAUCCCAAUGGGACCGCCGCGCCGAGGGCUUCCCCAUUCUCGUCUGGGUUCGGCCUGGGUUUGGCGGCCCCGGCCAAUUUCCAGCUACAGCAGCAGCAGCCAUCCUCACGGUCGUUUGGACAAGCGCCACCUCCAGCUGCACCAUUUUUGGGCUAUGCGGACAACACUCGGUCGCAGUCUUUUCGUGUUCCUUCAGCACAACCAUCUACCCCAGGGUCGCUGUUCCCCGAUGCACGUAAAAACUCCUCCCCGGCAAGAUCGGGUCCUACUGCGUCGCCAGCACCUCCUCCGUAUCUACCACAAAUCACGGUUGAAGCUCCAUCCCCAGACGAGCUGGUCGAUGAGUUUUUGAGAAUGCCGGUUGACGAACGCUUCACAGGAUCUGAGAAUGCAACGCCUCCCGCUAGCAAAUUGCUUCUUGCAGAUAUUCCGGAUACGGUAGAAGGGCUAAAAGCGUUGUAUACACAGAAGCGGUGGAAGUCUUUGACUAAAAAGUCAUUGUCGAUGCUGCAGAACCCCCCAAAGGAUAGUAACGUGACGCUGGAAAUCAAGUCUUGGUGGCUUGCCGGGCUCAUCAAAGAGGGUCACUACGACAAUGCCGCGAGUGUACUGGACCAAAUUGGUAAUCUUGACGAGAUAUCUGUGGUAGGUGGGGGCGCUCCAUUUGUGCCUAUUCGCCUGCUUCUCCUCCAAGCGCUUCUGAACAAGUGCCAAGGAAAAUCUUUGAACCACGAGAAGCAGCUAUUUCACCUGAUAACGCGUCUGCGAGGUGCAAUUCAGCAAAACGAGACGAUUGCACUCCUGGAUGUUGAUCUCAAAAUGGCCGCACAAUGGCUACGAAUCGCACAAUUUGCUCUUGCAAACCACCUCGUGCACCAUCAAAAGUUCAUGCUGGCUUUGCGUAUCUGCUCUCAGAUUGAUAUUGACUACUUGGAGGGCCCAGAAAGAGUUGUAGUGCUGUCUCGUGUGGGGCGUAUCCGUCUACAAAUGGGCGAUCUAACGGCCGCAGAGAAGUUGUUCGAAGCCGCUCGCUAUCACGCCAAUCAACUGAAGACAGAAAGUGGCAUUGGUGUAACGGCUGAAGUGCUGGGAGAAUUGGAAGCUCGUGUGUUAUUGAACGACGGUCUGUUAUUCUUCGCACAAAACAAGCUGCAGGAAGCGCUUAAACACGCAAAGCGCGACUGUCGAGAAUUCCGAUGCUGA